GUUAAUAGGCGAAUGCAUAGUUUCAUUAAGAUUUUAUCGAAUCGCAUAUUUUGGUAGGUUGUGUAUUUUAAAAACACCCCCGACCUAACCUUAACGAACUGCAAUACAAAUAAACAGUUGAAAGUGGUUGAACUGAUGUCUUGGCAGUCCACGCUCGGCGCAGAACAGCUGGUGGUGAUUUUGUAGUGUUAGGAAAGGGCUGAGAUACUGGCGAGAGCAGCGCUGUGCGCUCUGUGAUCAGCGUGCUUUCUGGCUGUGCGGAGUUGCAUUGUGGGUCCCUGAAAUUGAUCCAGUAAAUUGGAGAUGGCGCUGUGUACAGUGUGAGCGAGUUAGCAGCCAAAGUUUGGAGAACACAGGAAAGUUAGCAGGAGGAAAGGCGAACUGCGAUUCAAAUUAGUUUUUUUUUCAAGUGGUAAAUCAAAUUUUGGAAACCGCUGUUCGGAGGACGGGAGCCGACAUGUAACUCCGCAUUUCGCGUUGGAAAUCGUGACUUUGUCUUUUGGACAAACGGCGUUUUCGUGAUAAAUCCUCUAACUGCAGGGAUACACUCUUGUGCUGUGAAACACUGCAUAUCAGUUCAAUGGGACUGUGCAUUAUGAUAACUGUAAGUAAAUACGAUUCAUAACUCCUUGGGGUCGCGGGAGCAUAGUUUGUUGUAAUAUGUGUAUUUACUUGUGGUCGAAUGAAAGAGCGGCUGAGGUAUUCCCUUGGAUGUAUAUGAAGCUAUGAACGACCCGCGGGAGAUGACACCGGUUUCCAGGAAGCACCGACUCAUGGCUGCAGUUCUGCCCGGAGAAGAGAGCGCCCUGGUCGGCAGCGGCUCCAGACCGGAUCGUAAUGGCAUAGGUUUGAUUUAUUGCUUUAUAUGUGGAGGGGGUGUUACUCCUGGAAAAGAACUCAAACUACAAGUUAAAUAUCAAAGAGAAAACUAUCCAUUUUUCCCAUUUUUGCAACACCAAGAGCCGGCGCCAGGGGCUGAAGAGGUUACACUGGAGGGAUGCGUCCUCGUCUGCGCCGUGUGUCAGAGUUUUCUAGGGGAGCAGUGGAACUCUUUCGAGAGAUCCAGGACCCCGAUAGAGAAACGCAUGUACUGGCUGAAAAGACCGUAUCAGUGCGACUCCAGACGGAUACCGCAGGAAUGGAACAUCUCGUACGAUUUGGAAAGGAGGAUCAGCGUGAGUAGCCAAAAUUUUGACGCACCUGAAUCCGACUUGUCAUCUCUGUCUGAAAACGAAAAUAUGUCAGAUCAGGAAUUUGACUUUGGAGACCGACCGGGCUUGAUCAAAGAGAAGUGUUUACGAAUGUCCACCAGCAGCAAGACGCCUAAAGAAGGGGCUGCGAGAAGUAACGACGGCAGAGGCAGCCCUGAUGUCCAGCUGGGAAGCCGGUUCGCUCUCAGCAGUUACGCCGGGCAGGACGCACAGAAACCGGAUAGUGGCCUUCUGCCUAGGCGCUCUGCGCAGAUUGGGAAUCACGCGGCUCAGCCUUCAGUGUCCCUGGCCCAGUUCCCGGAGGUGCUGCCACAGCGGUGCUACAGCACCCCUUCUGUCGAGACACCUGUGCAAGACAACGGAAUCAUUAUACGCACCAAGCGGCGGCUACCAGAGGAGAAUGCCAAACAUCCCGACCAGCGCCAGCGCACUGGCGACGGCAGCUGUAAUUCUCGGCACUCUCUGGUUCCGCUACACAGAAGUCACAAAGCAGCAGAUGUUGGCGAUGCAGCGGCGGCGCUGUCACCUGUCGGCGCCUCCAGCACUCCAGACCGCGACUUUGUCGACGUCCAGAAGGGGGACGAGCCGCGCCGGGCAAAUGACAGCGGCAGCAACAGUGAUGCCGCUGGCGGCCGCUCCGACUCGGACAGCAAUGAGAUAAACAUAACAAGUGACGACGACCGCGAAGUAUUCGAUCUCGGCAGGGAGCGUGUUCGGGCGCUAAACAGACAGAAAAGAGAGUCUGGGAGUGUAAUCGCGAAGCCCCAGAGCAGUACAGCGGCGGAGGAGAGUGCCUGCUACAUCUGCGGAAGCAAACUGUCCCCAGCCAACCAGUACCGAGUGUAUGUGCAGAAACAAGAGAGAACCUCAAACGAGCCCUUUUUCCCUUUCCUGUGGCUCCACAGCCCCCCCCCAGGAGCCGUGGCCCUCAGCCCCGCAGGGUGCACCCUAGUCUGUGCCUGUUGCCACUCCUCGCUCAUGCAGCAGUGGCAGGGCUUCGAGCUGGCCAGCGUGCCCGUGCUCCAGCGCCUGUAUGUUGUGCCCCUCAACCCGGGCGUCUCAGGCCAGGAGCCCCGGCCCCCCGAGAGCUGCAAGCCGGAGCCGGUCAGAGAGGCCUGCUUCCUCUGCGGCCAGGACUGCAGCGAAGACGUUAAGGUGAUCUGUGCCAAGGUGGGGGCGGGCAGUUCCACAAGCACGAUGCACUUCCCCUUCAUUAAUCUGCUCCCUUGCCCCCCGAAAGCCAGGGGGGUUAAGAAUGGCAAAGUGCACUGCUGCCAGACGUGCUACACCAUCCUGGAGGAUAUCUGGGCGGCCUAUCGGCUGUGCCUUAGCGAGGAGCUCAUCACGUCAGUCAGCACCUUCCUGGGGAGGUACCACCAGGCCGUGACGGGAGCCGCCAUCCAGGCCAGCUCCUUCGGGCACCCCGCGCCCCGGAGGGGGCACACCGCCGUGUGCUACCUGUGCGGGGCGGAGCUGGCAGCGGGCGUGGAGUUCCAGCUGCACGUGAACCCGCCGGGCCGCUGCGGGGAGAGGGAGCCCUUCUUCCCCUUCCUGACCGUGCAGCCGCCCGCCCCCCGCGCCAGGCCCGCGGACUCCACGGGCCUGGUCUCCACCUGCCUGCUGUGUUACCACGACCUGCUGGGCCAGUGGGUCCAGCACGAGCGGCGGGCCGGCCAGCCCGCCAGCAGCCCCUGGUCGCGGCAGUACAGCUGCGAGACCUUCGUGUGCUUCUUCUGCAGGCAGGAGAAGAGGCGCUGCCUGGGCCUGAAGAUGGUGCACGUGGCCCGGCUGCCCGUGUUCCUGUAUGCCCCCAGGGUCAGCAACACUCUUGUGGUGGACGAUGGGAAGAAGCUGACAAUCGGAUCUUGUGUGGAAUGUAAAUCUAUGGUGUUGGCUGGUCAGAAUAUGAAGCAAAACUGCUUAUUGGACAGUGCAUCGCCUCCCAUUAAACACAAGACUUCACCUUCUGGCCUUGAAGCCGCUGCAGGGAGUAGGACGGGCCCCGAGCUGGUCCUGCGUCAGGCGGCGGGAGAGGCGUGUGAAGCAGGGAGCGCAGUGGAGCCCGGAGUCAGUGCAGCCCCUUGUCUCCCCUGCGGUCUGGACCCAGACAGCGCCGACCACCAGCCUGCAAGCAUGAGCCAUGAGCCGAAGUCGCCUUCCCUAGGAAUGAUCUCGACCGCCACUCGGACCACUGCCACCGUGAGCCCCCUCACCCCGUCGCCCCUCAACGGCUCCAUCGUGCCCAAUGGCAGCCCGGCCGCCAACAGCAGCCUGUCCGUGCAGUCCGCGCACUCCGGCUUCGCCGCCGCGCUGCGCAAGCUGGCCAAGCAAGCGGAGGAGCCCCGAGGUUCGUCAAUUAGCAGUGAGUCUUCCCCAGUCUCGUCUCCAGCGACCAAUCACAGCUCUCCAGUCAGCACGCCCAAGCGGGGCCCCAUGGCUCCAAUUAUAGUGCCACCGGGAAGCCACAGUGUGCCAAGUACCCCGCCUGUGGUCACCAUCGCCCCUACGAAAACCGUCAACGGCCUGUGGAGGAGCGAGAGCCGGCAGGCCGAGUCCGGGCCGCGCGGAGUCAGCCGGGAAUCCGCCCUGCCGCAGGAGAAGGGAGGCCCCUCCGUGCCAGCGCACCUCAUCGGGAACCCUUACGCCUUCGGCCUCGCCCCCGGCUCUGUGGUGCAGGAUUCCCGAUUCCAGCCGCUGACGAGCCUCCCCCGGCAGGUGCACCAUGUGGUCCCUCCAGGCGGCGUCUCAGAGGAGUACCUGCGCAGCUUCAGGCCCUACCCCACCGCCGACGACCUGCGCAUGCCAUCGCUGCCCCCGCUGGGCCUGGACCCCGCCGCCGCCGCCGCCUACUACCACCCCAGCUACCUGCCCCACCCCUCCUUCUCGGCUUACAGGAUGGACGACUCGUUCUGCUUGUCGGCCCUGCGGUCUCCCUUUUACCCCCUCCACACCGCGGGCGCUCUGCCCCCCCUGCACCCCUCGGCGGUACACGUGCACCUGCCGGGAGUGAGGUACCCUGGGGAGCUGGCCCACUCCUCGAUCUCCGCGCUGCAGUCGGAGCGCAUCUCCGAGAGGCUGCAGAUGGAGGACGAGCUGCGCCAGCGGGAGCGCGAGAGGGAGCGGGAGCGCGAGAGGGAGCGCGAGCGCGAGAGGGAGCGCGAGGCCGAGCGGGAGAAGGAGAGAGAGAGGGAGCGCGAGAGGGAACGGGAGAAGGAGCUGGAGCGCGAGAGGGAGAGGGAGCGCGAGCGCGAGAGGGAGAAGGAGAGGGAGCGCGAGGCUGAGAGGCAGAAGGAGAGGGCGCGGGAGAAGGAGCUGCAGGCGUCCAAAGCCCUGGAGAAUCACUACCUGGCCGACCUGCACCUCCUGAGGGGACAGCCUGCCGAGGACCGCGCCAAGCCUGCGGAGAGGCUGACGCCCAGCCGGCCAGACAAAACCAAAGAGCCUGUUCUCCCUGCGCCGAAGCCAGUCCAGCCAGGCCUGCAUUCUGCCCCGGUGUCCUCGCCCCACCACGCAGUGCCCAGCCUCAUCUCUGCCCACGGGGGGUACCUGGGGCCAGGCGGUGGGCUGGGGGUGGGCAGCUCGGCCUCGGGGUCCCUGGCAGCCGCCAUGCUGCUGCAGCGCACCAACGAGGAGGAGAAGUGGCUGGCGCGCCAGAGGAAGCUGAGGCAGGAGAAGGAGGACAGGCAGUUCCAGGUGUCGGAGUUCCGGCAGCAGGUCCUGGAGCAGCACCUGGACAUCACCCGGCCCGCGGAGGGGGAGCCGCGUCUGGAGGGCCACCGGCCGAUCCCUAACCACCAUGAGCCAGGCAGCAGAGACGUGCUCCAACACCUGGGGGCGCCCCCCCCUCUGAUCUCCCCCAAACCCCAGCACCGAGAGCACCCUCCCCCGCCCGCCACCACCCUUUGGAACCCCGCGUCCCUCAUCGAGAGCCCGUCCGAGUCCAGGCGCAGCCACGAGCCCCCCCACUACAAGGCCGAGCGCACCUUCGGCUCCGACAGGCCGGAGGAGGCCGGCAGGAGGAGGGAGCCCCUGGACAAGUUCCCUCCUGCCCGGGCCGGCGGGAGCUUCCUGGAGCCCAGCACCUUCCUGGCGGAGCUGGAGAAGUCCACACAGACCAUCCUGAGCCAGCAGAGGGCCUCGCUGUCCCUGUCCCUGCCCAGCCCGUACGGCGACCUGGGCGCGGCCCUCAAGCCCAGCGGCCCCUGCAGGGGUGCGCCGGCGCCCCCCCGGGGCUCCGACCCCAUGCUGGUGUACGACGAGUUCCUGCAGCAGCACCGCCGGCUGGUCAGCAAGCUGGACCUGGAGGAGCGGCGGCGCCGGGAGGCCCGCGAGAAGGGCUAUUACUACGACUUGGACGACUCGUACGACGAGAGCGACGAGGAGGAGGUGCGGGCCCACCUGCGCCGCGUGGCCGAGCAGCCGCCGCUCAAGCUGGACGACUCGUCCGAGAAGACGGGGUUCCUGCGGCUGUUCGGCCUGACCACGCGCGCCCACCGGGAGCAGCUGCUGGAGCAGAAGAGGCAGAAGAGGAGGAGGAUGCUGAGGGAGCGCAGCCCCUCCCCGCCGGCCGUCCAGACCAAGCGGCAGACGCCCCCGCCCGCCCCCCUGAGCACCCGCUACACCCCCGAGCAAAUGAACAGCCUGCCCGAGCUGGAGGACAAGAAGAAGUUCCUCACCAUGUUCAGCCUCUCCCACGUCAACACCCAGCAGAGGAGAGACAAUGAAAAGGUGGUGGAGCUGCUGCAGGCUAUAAAGCAGAAGAGUGUGACACUGGAGACUGUAAGACAGCCCGCCCAGCCUCUGGGCAAGAGCCCAGCCACCCCUCCCACAGUGGAGACGAUGGCAGGCCUCCCUCCCGCAGACGUGGACAGGCCGCCCAGUGUCCGGCUUCCCUCCCCCCCUCUCCCGGACGCCCCGAAGGCUGUGGAGCGGCUGAAGCCCCCCGAAGCCCCGAGACCGAAGGAGCCUUCCUGCAGCGGGGACAAGGCCAGGCCGAGCGACGGCCACACUGCCAAGAGGAGCCCCAGCCUGCUGAACAGCAUGCGGCCCCCCCACGCCCACAAGGAGGGGCCCCAGUGCCGGAAUGGCAAGACCCGGCCCUGGGAGAGCGUCAGCGCCGAGGAGUUCGCCCAGCAGUUCCACGAGUCGGUGCUGCAGUCCACCCAGAAGGCCCUGCAGAAGCACAAAGGGGGCUUCACAGGGGCGGCGGAGCCGAACCACAAGCUGGACUCCCUGGUGCACUACAACAUUCCAGAGCUGCAGGCCUCCCGGCCAGCGCUGCCCCAGCACAACGGGCAGCACUGCGCCCCGCCGGCCCGCAGAGAGGAGGCCUCCGGCGAGGAGGGCUCGGAAGAGGAGGAGGAGGAGGAAGAGGAGGAGGAGGAGGAAGCUCCGGCCCCCCGGUGGCAGGGGAUCGAGGCGGUGUUUGAGGCCUACCAGGAGUACAUUGACGAGCAAAGUAUCGAGCGGCAGGUGCUGCAGACCCAGUGCAGGAGGCUGGAGGCUCACCACUAUAAUCUCAGUCUCACUGCGGAGCAGCUCUCGCACAGCAUGGGGGAGCUGAUGGCCCAGAAGCAGAAGCUGGCCUCCGAGCGCGAGAAGCUCCAGGCCGAGCUGGACCACUUCCGAAAGUGCCUUGCACUGCCACAGACGCACUGGUCUAGGGGUUACUUUAAGGGGUACCCCCCGAGGUGACAUCCCUACGCCCUCCCUGGUCCCCAGAGUAGCAAAACAGAGUCUAUUUUAUUACCUGGAUUAUUUAAGAAAGUCUCCACGAAAGAUGGACUGCAGCUACAGCAAGCCCUGAAUGUGCCAUGCAUUGGAAAGCCUACCCAGUGUGUCUGUCUUCAGCUCUGGGCGCAGGGAGGAGCAGACAGCUGGUAGCCAGGCCCGGGGAAGCCGUCUCCUGAUCCUGCUGGAAUCUCAGAGGGGCGGGCUGGCUCCCAGCGCUUGGAGCUCUCCACCCAACCGGAUACAAACGAUGCCCACUCCAUCCUUACGAUGCCAAUAAAACCCAGGCAGAAAUGAAAGGCUGGGGUCCUUUGAAAUUCUGAAAUGAAUUGCAUUGUCUUGCAACAUUAUAAUUUGGCACAGUACUAGUAAAAAAAGCAUUUUGUCACAUACAGCUGUGGACAUUUACUGUCCGCACUCCUGCACAAAUGUUGUCUGCUGCCCUCUGGUACAUACACGAGACACCCCUGUGGUUCUAAUGGGCUCUCAACUGGAAAUGCACUUAAAAAACCCUGAAGAACUCUCUCGAGGUACUGUGUUUCAAGGUAUUCCUUUUUUUUUGAUUGGGGAAGAACUUCCAUGCACAUUUUGGAAAGAUUGAAAAGGCAAUGUUUUAUUACAAAAUAGAAAUUUUGAAAUGAAAAGGUGCUUCAGCCUUGCAAUGUAAAU